AUGUGGCGUUUGACGGCGACGCUGCUGGUGGCGGCCCUGGCCUCGGCCACUCCUCAGGGAGGCUACCUGCCGCCACGAGAGGACACGGUCUGUGAACCUGUCACGUCCGUGGUUUAUGACACCAGAGUCCAGACCUCCGUUAAUGUCCAGACCGUCAAUCGUGUCGAUACUCAAUACCUCACCACCACAGUAUUCAGCCAACAAGUCGUGCCCACAGUUAUCUAUAACACCAGAACUGACACACAGCCACGACUUGAAACAAGCAUUGUGCAGCAAACAACAACCUUGUUUAAUAACAGAGUUGUGACACAAACUGUCCCAAGCCCACCACGCCAGGAAGUUGUUUAUGUCACAUCAGUACAUGUAGUUGCACAGAUCAGUUACGUCACCAGCACACAGGUGCAAACACAGGUCGUACCUGUGGAGGUGACUAGCACACAGGUGCAGACAGUCCCUCAGCUCGUCACAAACUACCAGACUCAAACUCGACAGCAGACCCAAGUCGUGUCAGUCCCAGGCCGUGACGUAGUACAGACCCGGGUCCAGACUGUGGUUCAGACCUCCAUCGCAACGCGUCAACAGCCGGCCAACACGCGUUACGUGACGUCAACAGGCGUGCAACAAGUGGUACAGACAAGCGUCUACCGCGAGCAGGAUGUUGUCAGGACGAGCGUGGUCCAGCGUCAACAAGUCAUCCCUUACACUUCCGUCAACACCCGUUACGAAAAUGCUUACACUACCCGCGAGCAAGUGGUCACCAGCACCAACGUUGUCACUCAGACUCAAGUCAGCACCCAAGUGGUUCCACAGGAGGUGGUGAGAACCCAAGUGGUGCCCACUACCAUCUACACCACCAUUUACCAGACCCGAGUUCAAGCCUUCACUCAGGUGCAGACCGUGGUCCAGACCCAAUAUGUCACCCCCGCCCCUGUGGUCCAGACCCGUGAGGAAACCCGGACCUCGGUGGUCCAAGUGCCUGGCCAGGACCGCGUGGUGACCCAACAGGUGGUUCAGACACAGCAGCAACAACAGGUCGUCUACCAGACAGUCAACCAGCCACGACAAGUCACCGUCACACAGACCAUUACAGCCACCUGUGGCCAGACAGGAUACAACUACAACGCUCCUGCAACUCCCUUUAACUUCGGCAAAUAGGCUUUUUUCUACGACUAAAAAUUUUAAAGGUUCCAUCACAACAAAAAUUAACAAAUGUAAGCAAUAU